AUGCCACCACCCAAGCCAGAGCUUCAGCCACUGAAGACUCCCAAGUCAUUCACAUUCCCUUCGGAAAUACACAAGGCCUCCAAAACCCUCACUAUCAGUGAAAUCAAACGCGAAGACGGAAGCGCAACCCCCAUUACACCUCCACUGUCAUAUACCGAGUUCCUCAGCGCUCUCACACCAGUGUUCACAAGCCCAGUGAGUGCUGGAGGGUUUCCAAAGUUCUCGAUGGAGAAGACCCAGCCGUCGCCAAUCUCACAGCCGCCUUCUGCGACAAGUGCAUCAAGUGCAACAAGUCCUGUGUCCUCCGAGAAUUCGCUGAAAUCACCAGCAAUCUCCUUGCCCCCACCUGCACCUUCACCUCGCAUUACGAAGUCCGCAAAGGCGCCGCCUGCGCUAAGACGACUGCGUAUUCCUCAAUCCCUCAAGACUAUUUCUUCAAAGGAUUCUCCGCAAACUGCUACACCUUGCAGCGCAACUCCAUAUAGUGCAAGUCCUUAUAGCGCGAAUCCCUGGAGUGCUCUUCCACGCAGUGCGAACAGUCUCCGAUCACCAUUUUCACCAUCAGAUUGGAAACUUCGGUAUCUCGAUGUGCCGAAAAGUGCGACCACAAAGGCCGUUAGUGUUCGACAAGUGGUCACUCGCACUGUCACAUACAAGCGUACCCCGCUUGAUCCCCCACCGAAGGGGAAAAGACGUAAGACCCAAGAAUGUCGAGAGGCUUGA